GUCGAUAACAAAGUGAAGAGUGGUUCAUAAUUUAGGAUUGUUGUUUCGCUGUAUUUGCACAAUAGUUUCACUAGAAAAAAUGGGUGUACCAGUUCGCUGUCCUUUGACCACAAUGCUGAUGCAUCAUAAAUUUUGCCUACUUGAUGGUCCGAAGCGCGCCCGCUCUGUUUUAGCCAACGUCGGCAAAACUUAUGAUUCAAAAAAUGUUAAGGGCAUCGUCAUGUCAGGCUCAUUAAACUGGACGAUGCAGGGCUUUGGUGGUAACUGGGAAAACAUUGUAAUCAGCUCGAAUAAAAUGCUGUUGGAACAAUUCGAGGAUGAAUUUCAACGCAUGUGGUUGGCAUUCGCACCACGAACAAAUUCCUAAACAACGAACUGGAAAGGUUUGUUUACUGCUUUAUAUGGUUAAUAAUCCGAUCGAACUAGGAGGUACUUAGUUAUAUAUUUUAAAAC